AAUAAACCCAAUUAUGUUAAAUUUACAUUAUACACCCUAUUGAAAAAUCCAAAAGAAAACCCAAAGGGAAGGAAACCGCACUCUUGAAAAAGAAAAAAGAAGGGAAAUGAAAAGCUAUUAAAACUUAAAAGAGACGAGGGGAGAAGGGAUGAUACAUCCUGAUUCUGCGAUUCAGCUUCUCUCUGCUAUCACGGCUUGUUCGGAGAUUUUACUCCUUAGUUUUCAACUUGUUACUCCUCUAGCAGAAGGACCGUGUACGAGCAACUAAGCAAAGCCAAAUUAAGGAUAGUCUGAGAUGUCGAAAUUCACAUGGAGGAUUGAAAAUUUCUCCCAAUUGGAUGCUAAAAAGCUUUACUCUCUCACUUUUCUCGUUAAUCAGAACAAAUGGAGGGUGCUCCUUUGUCCAAAAGGGAACAACACAGAUCACUUGUCUCUGUACCUGGAUGUGCCCGAUUCGUACAGCUUACCAGCAGACUGGAGUGUACCAACAAAGUUCAGUAUAUCUCUUAUUAAUCAGAUAGACUGCAACGGAACCAUCACGAAAGAGACCGACCACACUUUCAAUUCUAAAGAAAGUGAUUGGGGCUUUACUUCCUUCGUCCCUCUUAGUGAAUUUCAUGACAAAAGUGGAGGCUUUCUUGUUGAAGACAUUUGCUUGAUUGAAGCGGAAGUUUAUGUUUCACAAGCUUCCUCAGAUAAAGAUUUGAGUGCUUCUCUUGCUAUUAAUACUGUGGAUUCUGUGUACAUCGAGGCUCAAUCGUUUCUUGAAUCAUUGCACAAGGCACCAAUCACGGGUGUAUCUAAUGCUACAUGUGAAAUGCCUAUGUUUGAAGGGCAUUCAACUUUUGCAAAAGAAAUCUUUGACAAACUCAUAUCAUACCGUUUGGAGGAUUUAGCUGAACCCAAGCAUGAAACUGCAAUGAUGGAUUCUUUGUGUAAACUGACCAACCACCUUCAUCUGUUUAGCGAUGUGCAAGCUAAACAGAUUGUAAACUUGAAAGCUACGUUUCCUCAAAUAAUGCAGGAAUGGAGAGACUCGGUUCAAGUCAAGAGCCCUGGUGGGCACCCCUGGUCUACUCUUGAGAAAACCAAAAGCUUGCUCCAAGAUCUAGUGAAAACGGAAGAGGGAAUACAGACAAAGCUGAAGGAUCUAAAUAACACAGAAAAGGAAUUGGAAGCUCAGCUGGAAGCAAUCAAAAGCAAUAGUCGACAACUCCAGGAGGAAAGAGAGGACGUAUCUAAGCAGACAAAGAUAGUGUGUUCUCUUGCUAAAGACCAGGCUAGCAGAGUUCAAGCAAAAGAGGCAGAAAUAGACCGCGCCAACAAAACACUUGAGCAAAGAUUGAAGUCAGAGUGGGCUGCAACCAGACAUCUCUUUGCUUGAGAAAAAUUGGGAUGGUCUAUGGCCUUUGACAGCACUCCCUCCCACUCCACCCCACAUAUCUCUUUUAGCUAUAUCAUAUCAUGUGUAGGGUUUUACCUCAUUUGAAUAAUGGUUAAGACUUGGUGUUUUUUGUUAGACAAAGACUUCUCAUUGGCAUCAACUUUUUGUUAUG